CAGGCUUUUAGCUAGGCAUGCGUCAACGCGUCAUUUAGACGCACUGUCCUAACAAACAUAAGAAAUCGGACGCAUUACUUUUAAGCAAGACGCACUACGGACGCCCAAAUAUUUUUCACCGCUUUUUCUCCCCCGUUUUUCGCCGGUAAACUCGCCGAUUCCAGCCGCUUUGUCGCUUCGCACGUCCGGCUUACCGCCGCCAUGUUGGCUACCGCUGAAGUCUCGGCUGAGAUCUCGCCAAUCGCGAGAUCUCGCAAAUCGCAAGAUUCACACGUGAUUGGGCCAUUUUCAUGACGCGGCAUGGUGCGACGCUGUUAUUGGUGGAAUAUCUGACGGCUAUUUAACUCUUUUCGCGGGAAGACGGCGCUGGUAAGUUUGAAACUUUUUCCAUUGUUUACGAACGAGACAGGAUAACUGAGAACUAGUGGAGUUCUUCGGAGCCAUUUCGGAGUAAUUCUUGCUUCUUUUGUGUCAAUAAAUGUUGGUGAAUCGGGGGGGGAAACAGCAGCGCGAUGCAAUCGUGGAGAAAUGUAGUUGGGAGGGGGGCGGAAGGGUGCAUGCCGCGCGCGCCGCCGAUCUGGAGAAAAUAGCGGGACCGGGAUCAAAAUGUGCUUGGUUCUUGUAAAAAAAUCUAAAAGAUCGAUAAAUGGAUGUUUUUUUUUUUUUUAACAAUAUAAUGGAUUCCCACUAGUGACAUAUUUCAGAAGGUUACAUAUAAAAGUUAAAUAAGGACUUUUAAUUUUUUCAAGGUCAAGGUACAAAGUUACUGUGAACUACUGUGAACCAUGAGGAAAAGAGGAAAGGCGCCCACGAGGAAAAGGGGAAAGGCACAGCCAGCAAUCUCCAGCUUCUUUAAGAAGAGUGAUCAUGAUCCCCCUGCCCCCACAGUGGACACCAGGAGUGACCAGGAUCCCCCUGCCCCCACACUGGACACCAGGAGUGACCAGGAUCCCCCUGCCCCCACAGUGGACACCAGGAGUGACCAGGAUCCCCCUGCCCCCACAGUGGACACCAGGAGUGACCAGGAUCCCCCUACCCCCACAGUGGACACCAGGAGUGACCAGGAUCCCCCUGCCCCCACAGUGGACACCAGGAGUGACCAGGAUCCCCCUGCCCCCACAGUGGACACCAGGAGUGACCAGGAUCCCCCUGCCCCCACAGUGGACACCAGGAGUGACCAGGAUCCCCCUGCCCCCACAGCGGACACCAGGAGUGACCAGGAUCCCCCUGCCUCCACAGUGGACACUGCAGUGGACCCCAGGAGUCCAAAGAAGAGAAAAAAGGCCUCAGAUAGCGAAGAGAACGUGACAUCGCCAUCGAUGCAGGAGGAGCCUGAUAGAAAGUUCUGCCAGUCAUGGCUGGCCGAAUUUGAGUGGCUGGUUUAUGACGGCGACGUCAUGUAUUGCGCAUGGUGCAGGCAAUACAAGCAAACCUCCAACCUUGCAACUGGCACCAGGAGUUUCAGGAAAACAGCGUUGCAGAAGCACCCACCCACCGGUGCCCACGUGACUGCAAAGGCUGCUAGGGACAAGAGGCAGCCAUCAGUGAUCAGAGGCAUGAAGGAAGUGGAUCGCAAGCGGGCAGGCGCUGCUGAGGCUGCCCUGAGGACGGUGUAUUGGCUCGUGAAAGAGGAGGUGGCGAAUAGGAAAUACGCGAGUCUCCUGGAGCUGCAGAGGGAGCAGGGACUGGCUGAGGUGAAAAACCUUAAUGCAGGACGUAACGCCACGCACACAAGCCCCACCACUUUCAAUGAGCUACUCCGAUGCCUGAACGAAGUGGUGGAGCGGAGGGUGACAAGGGAAGUCAAUGCAAGCCCCUGCGUCGCCAUCGGCAUCGACGAGUCCACUGAUCGAAGCUCGGAGAAGCAUGUUGUGGUAGUUGUCCGAUACGUACGCGUCCACACUGCAGAGCUGAUAACAACGUUCCUCAAGUGUGAGAAGGUGAAUGAUGGGAAAGCACCUACCAUCUACGGAACAACGCGAGCUGUGCUAGACAAUUAUGGGAUCCCAGUGAGAAAGGUACUUGGACUUGGGAUGGACGGCGCAGCGGUCAUGUCGAGCGAUAUGAACGGAGUAACGGGACUCCUGCACCGGGACAACCCCUUUGCUCUUGCUGUCCAUUGUGUCUGCCACAGACUGCAGUUGGCAGUCUCCCAAGCUGCAAAGAACAUCCCGCAGAUCAAGAGCACAAGCCUGUUGGUUGACAGCAUUUACAACUACAUCAUGCUGUCACCCAACAGGCUUGCAGAAUUCAAUGCUCUGGUGGAUGUCCUAGGAGAGGAGUACUUGAAACUUAAGCACUCCUACGAGAUCAGAUGGCUCAGCAUGGGGGAAGCUGUGAGGAGCGUCAUCGAAAACUUCCGCAGCCUGGCAGUCUACACGGAGGAGCAGGCGGCAGAGGGAGACCCAGUUGCUAUUGGGCUCCACCAGCAGCUCACAAGCUUCCUUCCUAUGGGACUCCUCCACCUGCUGGCAGACGUACUGGACGCCACCAACCACCUCUCCAAAAUUUUCCAGUACAGAGACAUCACGUUUUCUGUGCUCAGAUCAGAGCUCAAUGACUGCCUUGAAAUCCUGGAGGGAAUGAGGGGUGUUGAUGGGAUCAAGCUGGCUCGUUUCGUUACCAGUGUCCAGGACACUGGUAACUACCUGGAAACACCCAUCACCAUGCGGGUAGGACGUGGGGGACAGGACCCAGUAGAGACCCUGAAUGCCGUCAAAACAGACUUCCUGGACCGCCUCUUGGACAACCUGAGGGCAAGGUUUCCCCAACUAGAUCUGCUGGAUGCAAUGAAGGUCUUUGAACCACAACAGUACCCAGACGACGACGACAACAUUGCCUUGGCGUACUGGGGAAGACACGAACUGAACGUACUCCUUAAUCAUUAUGCUGAGGACAAGGUAUCUAGAGAUGGAAACAUCUGCGAGGCCUACAUCAACCGGUUAAUGUGCGAGGGCCAGUUUGGAGCCUUCAAGCAGGCAGUGGCUACCCGCUACAAGGGGGAGCAGCGGGAGGAGAACGGAGUAGCUUGGUUCCACUACUACAGGCCAAACGAGUUGCUCGAGAAGAUGUUUGCGGGGGACAAUGCUUAUAACCAGAGGAUCUUUGGUGAGGUGUUCAAGCUCAUGUGCUACAGCCUGGUGGUGCUGGUCAGCAAUGCCGAGGCAGAGCGCGUGUUUUCCUGUCAGAACAGGAUCAAGACGAAAACACGCACUCUCCUCGGCAUCGAGCAGCUGGACCGGCUCAUCAGGCUGAGCUAUGCCAAGAUUCCAAUGGCUGACUUCGACUUUGCUGCAGCGAGGGAGAUCUACCUGCAGGACCCCAGGCGGUUGUAGUUGUAACUUGUAGCUCAUUAGUCACCUUGUAGCUCAUUAGUCACCCAGAGACUUUGGUUUUGUUGUUUUUUCUUUAUGCAUAGUAUGUUGUAGUCUGUGUAGACUGACAGAGUAGUAGUUGCAUUACAUAUAUCAUAUAGUCCUCAGGUAAACUGCUACAGAAGAGUGUUGCACUACCUCAUGUGAACUUUUUAGUAGUUUUUACACAAGAAAGUUGUACUACCUGAAGUAAACUUGUUACAGAAGUUGCAUUACCUUUACAGAAGAAUGUUGUUGUACCUCAGGUAAACUUGUUAUAGAAGAGUGUUGCACUACCUCAGGUGGACUUUUUAGUAGUUUUUACACAAGAAAGUUGUACUACCUCAAGUAAACUUGUUACAGAA